CAUGUGCGGCAGAAACAGUGUGGACUGUUAGGAAACGGGGAUGAUGAUGACGAGGAUCACAAGCUCCACAUUUUAUGAGCGGACCAAAAAAAACUGAAGGACGAAGGGAUCCGUGUGAUGAUGAAGACCAAGAAAAUGUGAUAGUGUGAGUGUGAAAUUUUCAUCGCAGGAUUUCAUAAGCUUCAGAGGAAGGCAGGGUGUGCAUUAGAGAUAACACCAACUCCCUGUGUGUGUUCAAUCAUCUGCCACCAUUCAAGGGACGUAAUGGACCAUCCUAUGAUCUUCCAUGUGCUCCUAUUUCUCUGUUCCCUCAACGUUGCUGUUUGGGCGUGUCCGGAUGGAUGCCAAUGUAAGGGAGACGAAAUGUUAUGCAUCGGUCUCUCAAAUGUUCCUCCUCUCCCGUCAUCUACAACUGCCAUCUACCUCUCCAACUGCAAAAUCUACUCUUUGAAAGCAGAUGACCUUACUUCUCUAACUAAUGCAUUAGGGAUUUCUAUUGAUGACACUGCUUUGAAGGAGGUUCAACCAGGCACAUUUGAUUCCUCCGUGAACCUAAAAGCAUUAGGAGUUACUGGAACAGAAUUGCAAGAUCUACCAGAGGCCUUGUUCCAAAAUCUUCACAAGCUUGAGACUCUGAAUCUAAAUAGAAACAAGCUUGUGGCCCUCCAUCAAAAAUGGUUCUCCCCACUCAAAGUUCUUACUGCCCUUGAUCUCACUCAGAACCAACUGACCUCAAUACCCAUGGAAACUUUUCACCCUCUGACUGAGUUAGGGUAUCUGUUGCUUGCAAGAAAUUAUAUCAGUCAGUUACCUAUUGGUGCAUUCAAAGGGCUUUCUAAGCUGGAAUACCUUCGACUAAAUAAAAAUUUGCUACAGGAAAUAACUAGUGGAAGUUUUGAUGACCUCGGAAACCUGAAGGAAUUAUCCCUACAGGACAAUCGUAUUACUCAUCUCCAACAUGACCUGUUCUCCAAGAUGCCAAAACUCACAAAGCUGUUCCUCUCCAACAACCAACUGAGGACUCUUCCACAAGGACUCUUCUUACACCUUCCCAUGCUUGCCCAGAUCUCCUUGUAUGAAAACCAGCUGGAAAGCAUUGGUCCAGGUGUGUUUGGUCCUAUGGCCCUGCAGGAAUUGUGGCUGUAUGACAACAAGCUGAGUCGUUUAGAGGAUGACACCUUUAAAAAUCUCACUCAGAUGCGUCUCCUGGUGCUCAGCCGCAACCGGAUUAAAUAUGUAUCUACAGGAGCCUUUCGAGGCUUGGAACAGCUAGGCGAAGUAUCGCUUCACACCAAUCUGUUAAAAACAUUGCAAGCUGGGACAUUCCAAGGUCUUCCCAGCCUGGUAAACAUUUCUUUGGAGCACAAUUUCAUCAAUCAUCUGCCUGUUGGUUUUCUCCAAGGCCUGAGUUACCUGGGACAGAUAGACCUGAGAAAUAACACUCUUGCAAACUUGCCACAGCAAGACUUAGAUGCUAUUUCUGUGGCAGAAGAGAUACUUCUUCAUCAGAACCCCUGGAGGUGUGACAAGGAUAUUCUGCCCCUUAGCAACUGGCUGAGAAAGCACCCAUCCAAGGCCAACCAAACCCUAGUGGUGUGUGAUACUCCCCACAGUCUGAGUGGGGAGAUGAUUACCUGGCUGGCAGAAGAGGACUUGGGGGUGCAGAGUUCCACACAGCAAAUACCGCUGACCUCAACAGAGAGGAGAAAGAAACCAAACACACCACCAGUGAAAAGGAGCACUUCUUCACCUGCUGUCAAGACAACAUCUUCCUCAGAGUAUGAAGUCACAAGCAGCGGAAAGGGCGAGGAGGGACAUGUUCCUAACCAUACUUCCAUCAUCCUCAUUGUCAUCGCAGUUGUCGCCACAGUCAUCUUAAGUGCCACCAUCAUAAGCUGUUUAUACUGGAGGAUGAAAAAGAAAGGACGGGGACAUAUAGGCCACAGGAGCAGGAACUCUGUGCUGUAAAUGAGACUGCUCAACAUAAACUGGAUUUACACUACAGGUUACAGUGCACUAUUUUGAUUUAGGGCCUAUAUGCAAUUUAAAAAAAACAAAAAAACAAAUCUCAUUAAUGAUUAACCUACACUAACGCAGUAGUAUAGUCAAAAUUACAGUAAAUGUAUGAAAAUCAGUUACAGUACAGCAUAAAAAUAAAAUAUAGGCAGUGACUAAGCAUGCCUUUUUGUGCCACAUGACUACGUAUUCUUUUGCUGAUACACAAACUAGUUAAAUGCGCGCCAUUCGUAACCUCAAACCGUCAUACAUAUGUAACGUUGUGAACCAAGAACCACCUGUACACAAGAGUUAACAUCAGUGACAACACAGACAUAAACAACAAUAAAUAAUGAGAAUAUUAAUUGUAUCAUACCAUUUAGUUGCUUCUGUUGUUGUUGUUUUUUUUUUAAGGUGAGAGUGUUGUUUGGGUCCACACUGCUGUGUAUACAUCUUCAGUCAAUGAUACAUCAUCAAUGACUCUUCUUCUUUUCCUUUCGGCUUGUCCCGUUAGGGGUCGCCACAGCGCGUCAUCCUUUUCCAUGAGAGCCUAUCUCCUGCAUCCUCCUCUCGAACACCAACUGCCAUCAUGUCUUCCCUCACGACAUCCAUCAACCUUCUCUUUGGUCUUCCUCUAGCUCUCUUGCCUGGCAGCUCCAUCCUCAUCAUCCUUCUACCAAUACACUCACUAUUUCUCCUCUGGACGUGUCCAAACCAUUGAAGUCUGCUCUCUCUAACUUUGUCUCCAAAACAUCGAACCUUGGCCGUCCCUCUGAUGAGCUCAUUUCUAAUUUUAUCCAACCUGGUCACUCCGAGAGCGAACCUCAACAUCUUCAUUUCCGCCACCUCCAGCUCUGCUUCCUGUUUUCUCUUCAGUGCCACUGUCUCUAAUCCAUACAUCAUGGCUGGCCUCACCACUGUUUUAUAAACUUUGCCCUUCAUCCUAGCAGAGACUCUUCUGUCACAUAACACACCUGACACCUUCCUCCACCCGUUCCAACCUGCUUGGACCCGUUUCUUCACUUCCUGACCACACUCACCAUUGCUCUGGACGGUUGACCCCAAGUAUUUAAAGUCCUCUACCCUUGCCAUCUCUUCUCCCUGUAGCCUCAUUCUUCCCCCACCACCCUUCUCAUUCAUGCACAUAUAUUCUGUUUUACUUCGGCUAAUCUUCAUUCCUCUUCUUUCCAGUGCAUGCCUCCAUCUUUCUAACUGUUCCUCCAGCAUCAAUGACACAUUGACUAUAUCCAAUUCUUCAGUUACAUUUCUGUCCACAUUUGGAAGAGGCUUGAUUCUGAUUGGAGGCUAUCUGAUUCCAUGCAUGUUUUUUCUUUCUUUACACUGCCAUGACCCAUAUCAGAACAAGGACAACAUGGGAAGAAAAUACAUCACAAUCAUUUGAACCAUGCAAUGUAAAUUUUUGACUGAUACUGUAUGUAUGGGCAAUGUCAGAUUUUAAACAGUAGCUUUAACUCACAGUACUACAGUACGGAAGCGUAUUGCAUUCACUUGGAUAAAAUAAAAAUAAAUAAAACUCCUGUCACUAUCGGGACAGAUCGAACUCACGCAAGAACCUGCGAACUGCAAGUGACUCUUUGCGGACUCACUAAUGGCGGAUUACUGCUGGGCCGGGAUAGUGGUACAUACGCCGGCGAAGCUGAUUCUGGCGCCUCAGUUGCACACCAUGCGGGUCCAGUAUUUUCAUCAGUCUCCUGAUCGUCUCGAGUCACCACGUAGCCAGCCUGAAUGUAUUUUAAAUGCAUCAUCUUGUAUCCAUGGAGGAUACCAUAUCUGUCCAACUGAUUCUGGACAAACAUUGCUGUAUCUAGCAGCUCUGAAUGGGCUUUCCUCCUGAACAAACGCAAAGUCCGCAGGUGCCUGCAUAAUGUGGACAAACUAAUAACAACACCAUCUAUGUGACUCAAAGACAGGAGUAUCUCCCAGUGUCUUAAACCCAUAUCAAAAUAAAACUUGAUCAAACUAAAUAAGCCGGUCAUGUUGCUUACUACGGUGUCUGCAAAGAGUCACUUGCAGUUUGCAGGUUCUCGCGUGAGGUCGAUGUGUCCCGAUAACUCAGAAAAAAUUAGUCAGAAAAACAGGUGGAAAAAAACAUUGCCAGAGAAAAAAAAAAAAAAAAACUCAAAAAAACAGAAAAAAAAUUAUUCAAAAAAACAAAGCCCUCAAAAAAAUACUCAGAAAAACAGGAGGUUUUUUUAAUCCAAGUGAAUGCAAUACGCUUCCGUACUACAGUAUACAUACACAUCCAAAUGUAUUAUCUUAAGCGCAAGGAGAAGUGCCUCACCUCAUCUGCUACGGUGGCCAUGAGCUAACAGCUAGCAAAGCCUUCACCUUUUCACUUUUAACCUCUGAGUCCUAACAGUUACGAAGCACCAACAUAUAUCACACUCUGUCACAUUAACAUUGAACUGUGUUCUUAUAUCAGAAGCUGACCUUUAAAGACUUAAACUGAAGUGUGUGGUUUCUAGAAGCUUUAGCACUAUAUAGGGCUGACUUUUGUUUACUUUUGCGACACUGACAUCUGCUUCUGAUACCUUAUAAAUACAUGCACACCCACAUGGGAUAGUCACGCAUUAUACUACAUACAACAAGACAUAUUUAAACUCAUCUGAAACAUUUGCUUUUGGUUUCAUUAGCUGUCAAAGCUCAUUUAUCAUAUUUGGAAGGAGGAAAUAUUUCCAUGUUUGGGGUAAUGUUAUGCACUGAAGGUAUGUAAGCCGCCAUAGGCGUGUAUGAACCCAUUUUUUGCUGUGCUGAAUCACCCCUAAAGUGAAUAAAAGUACUCCCAAAAUUUGA